GAGUCCUCACUAACCCUCGCUCUCCUCCUUUUUGCAAGAGAGCACACAUCUACACAGUCCGCUCCUUCUGCUUGAGUUUUCUCUUUUCUCGCUGUGGGAGUUGAACACGACACCGUCUUGUACGCGCUCUUUUUUUGCCAGCACCUCGUUCUCGCUUCCUAGUCGUUCUUCCACCCGUGUGUCCUGCCACUCUACUCUCCACUCUAUCUUGGCACUGUUGUGUUCUUCAUCGCCACCCCGCAGACAUUCCCCGUGUGCGGCCACUUUUCCUUUGGGUCCAUCUUUUGUUUGUUCUCUUCGCAUCUCAUUCAAUAGUAUUUAACUUCCAGGGCGGGGCAAUCAUGGGCAGCUGCAACUCGAGCUCGGGCACCGCGGACCAAGACCCGACGAAAGGAUACAUGUACGUGAAGCCCGACGCACGCGGCACGAAGGAGGCCCUCUUCGGUGGUCUGCUGUACCGCUACUCCGACGAGGAGCAGGGUCGCUGGACCUUUUACAACAACUCGAAGGAUUACGAGUUCCAUAUCAAGUACCUCUUUGGCGCAGACAGCCGACUGGAAGCGUUAAGCGACUCCACGUUGGAGGUACAGGAUGACGGUAUCCUUGUCGAAAUGGUGCUCUACCCGCUGGAGACGAAAAAAUUUGUGCAGGGCACCAUCGACGGCUACGAGAGCAAGUUGGAGGCGCUUCCGCUGACGGAGGAGUACUUCGCGCAGCACCCGGAGUUGAAUGAGGCGGAGUACUACCGACGUCUUGAAGCACCAAAGAGCAGCAGGUUCUAA